CUCCCACAUUCGAAACCCUAGCCGAUCUAGAGGUUGCGCUGGAGCAGCGGGAAGCUACACCACCGCCUCCAUCGACGUUGAUCAGCGACUCCACUGCCCCGCUCGUCGCUGCCUUAGAGCAGAUCGUCAUCAGCGAACCGGAGAUGGCCGCCGGAUCGAGCUCAAACGCUGGUGGUGAUGCGGGGAUGAACUUGAUGGGAUUCAUCAGUCACAUCCCGACUCUAAAAGGAGACAACUAUGGCGAAUGGAUCAAGAAGGUUGAUCUUGCUUUCGUCUGUGGAGAAGUGGAUGAGAUUAUCACCACUCCAAAACCCACUGAGCCACCGACUCCAGUGAGAGGAGAUUCUGACACUGAUGCUGAGUGGCAGAAAAAACAAAGGGACUAUGCUCCCUUACAGAUGGCUUAUGAUCUCGAAAAGACAAAGUGGAAUAACGCCAACAAGAAAUGUGUGGCAGUUAUAAAGAACACAAUUGAUCCUAACAUUUUGGGUUCAAUUGGAGAGUGUGAUUCAGCUGCUGAGUAUCUUGCAAAGAUAAAGAAUCAGUUUACUGGUUCUUCAAAGACUUAUGCUACACAGAUCAUAGAGCAGUUGAUCACAAAGAGAUACUAUGGUAAUGCCGGUACAAUAAGAGAUCAUAUCAUGGGGAUACGCUUGAAGGCUUCUACUAUUGUUGUCAGUGUUGCCAUGAACUUCCUUCUUGACAUCCUUUAA